AUGCCUUCCAUCUUCACUCACGAGUUUAACACCCCCGUCUACAAGGGCAAGGUAUCCUUCAACACCGGCCUUUUCAUCAACGGCCAGUUUGUCGAUGGGUCAGGACGGAACUACCAUCGAGUAUCCAAUGACAAAGUGAUUACCUCUGUUUCGGAAGGAACCUCGAAAGACGUCGACCUCGCAGUCGACGCCGCCGAGAAAGCCUUCGAGACUACGUGGGGUCUCAAUUGCCCCGGUAACAAGAGGGGACUUCUCCUUAACAAGCUUGCUUCGCUGAUGGAGGAACACACUGAUGAGCUCGCUGCCCUUGAAGCUUUGGACAAUGGCAAGGCUUUCAACCUUGCGCGUAGUGGAGACGUCACUACCGCCAUCGAUUGCAUCCGCUACUUUGCGGGCUGGACUGAUAAGAUAUCUGGCCGAGUAAUCGAGACAACAGAGGAAAGAUUCACCUACACUCGUCAUGAGCCUAUUGGAGUCGUUGGCCAAAUUAUUCCUUGGAACUCCCCUCCUCAGUUAUCAUGUUUGCUUGGAAGAUUGCACCUGCUCUUGCGACAGGCAAUUCGGUCGUUCCUGAAGCCAUCUGAAUUUACACCACUCACGGCGAUACGUAUGUGUCACCUUGUCAACGAGGCGGGCUUUCCGCCCGGCGUUUUGAACGUCGUCACUGGAUACGGCAACACUGUUGGCAGUGCCAUCUCGUCCCAUAUGCGAAUCCAUAAGGUCGCAUUCACAGGAAGUACCCUCGCCGGGCGCAAAAUCAUGGAAGCUGCUGCCAAGAGUAAUUUGAAGAAUGUUACCCUCGAACUUGGUGGGAAGAGUCCGAAUAUCAUCUUCAACGACGCAGACCUUGAACAGGCCGUCAACUGGGCUAGAUUUGGUGCUUUUUACAACCAGGGUCAGUCCUGCGUUGCGGGCUCGCGUAUAUUUGUGCAAGAAGGAAUCUACGACGAAUUCUUGAAACGCUUUACGGAAAAAACGCGUUCAAUUAAGGGACCGCAAAUUUCCAAGAUUCAGUACGACCGCAUUAUGAAUUACAUCGACUCUGGAAAGAAGGACGGCGCCAAAAUCCACACCGGCGGAGAACGCCAUGGUAACGAAGGGUACUUCAUCCAGCCGACUAUAUUCCUCGACGCCAAGCCAGAUAUGCGUAUCUUCAAGGAUGAAGAAGACGUUGUGCGUCAAGCAAACGAUACAGUGUAUGGUCUCGCCGCGGCAGUCUUCACUAAGGACGUGACUCGGGCGAUCACGACAGCACAUAAGCUCAAGGCAGGGUCGCUCUGGGUGAAUUGCUACAGCGUGUCGGGCCCCAACGUGCCGUUUGGCGGUUUUAAGCAGAGUGGGAUCGGGCGGGAGAUGGGAGAAUAUGCCUUGAAUAACUACACCGAGGUCAAGGCUGUCCACGUGAACCUCGGAAUGAAGAUGAUGUAA